GAGGCGCGAGGGGGAAGGCGGCGGCAGCAGCAGCAGCAGCACGACAGACACCCCGCAGCUGGAAGCAGCAGCCUGCGGCAGCUGGAACUUCCCCGCUCGCCUCCCCGCAGCUCCAGGGGAGAAGCCGGAGAAGUUUCCGAGCAGAGCUGAGGGGUUCGGGGGCAGCCGAGACACGGCCCCCCACUUGUGCUCCCUGGCAGUGAGGCGGACAGGGACCUGCCUGCCGCGCGGGGCGCGCCGGAGAAGAGGUGGCAGGAGGAGCUGCGAUGAAGCCCUGCGAAGAGGAGGGGCCGGGGGCUGCGGCCGGAGGGGACCCCUGGAAGGAGUGUAUGGAGGCGGCGGUGCAGCUGGCGCGGCGGGCUGGGCAGAUUAUUAAGAAAGCUCUUACAGAGGAAAAACAUGUGUCUACAAAAACAUCUGCAGCAGAUCUUGUGACAGAAACUGAUAAUUUUGUGGAAAAUGUGAUUAUUUCUGCUCUGAAAGAGAAGUUUCCCUCCCACAGGUUUAUUGGAGAAGAGUCCACUGCCGCUGGGUCAAAAUGUGUCCUCACUGACAAUCCUACCUGGAUUAUUGAUCCCAUUGAUGGAACCUGCAAUUUUGUGCACAGGUUUCCAACAGUGGCAGUUAGCAUUGGAUUUGCUGUUAACCAAGAGCUUGAAUUUGGUGUAAUUUACCAUUGCACUGAAGAACGAUUAUACACUGGUAGAAGAGGUCAAGGGGCAUUUUGUAAUGAAAAAAGGCUUCAGGUAUCCAAAGAGACAGAUAAGUCGAAGGCCUUGAUCUUAACAGAAAUUGGUCCAAAACGUGACCCUGAGACUUUGAAAUUGUUCCUCGGUAACAUGGAGAGCUUACUCAAAGCCCAAGUACAUGGGAUCCGUGUAAUCGGAAGUUCUACCUUGGCUCUGUGCCAUCUUGCAUCGGGUGCUGCAGAUGCAUAUUACCAAUUUGGUUUACAUUGCUGGGACUUGGCAGCAGCUACUGUCAUUAUUAGAGAGGCAGGUGGUAUUGUGAUAGAUACUUCAGGGGGACCUCUAGAUCUCAUGUCAUGCCGAGUGAUUGCUGCCGGCACUAAAGAGAUGGCCAUGUUCUUAGCUCAGGAAAUACAGACUAUUCGCUACAGACGGGAUGAUGAGAACUGAGUGACAUUAAAUACAUUUACAAGUAACAUGGAGUUUGUCCUUCUAAGCUACUUAACUUCUUCCAAGAUGGGUGUCUUAGAGGAUACAUGAUUUUAACAGCAUGCUUUCUGUGCAGGUCUUCUGUGUCAAAUGUUUUAAACAGUUUUAUUACAAUGUGACUUCCCAACACUGGGGUGGCGGGAGGGAGAUUUUUAAAACCUCUAAGAUUUGUGGCUUCUUUUUAAUAUGCAUCUAUUUCAGCAGUACCUUUUUUAUAUGAUCACCUGUAGUGCUUGUUGCCAGAUUCAAAGUUUCACAUCUGUUCAGGCUGAAACUGAGUCUUUUGUAACAUAUGCAACUAAAAAGAAAACUUUAUUUUUACAAAACUCAGAUCUCAGGUAAAUGAGCUUUAGGAUUGUAGUAGAUGAUAAGUAGUUAAAAUGUGUGCCUACCAUACCCAUAUUCAACAGUACUUGAGAAUGCAAUAAAAAGUGUUAUUACUCCAUUUCUCUUUGCUAACUAUAUCAUGGCCAUAGAUAUGUAUAUUUGGGAGAUUUACAAUGAUUUACAAAGAAGAAGGUGAUUUUAGGUAUUUGUUUCAAGGAAGUAUAUAUAUUAUCCUUAUGGAUGCAGUGGGAGUUACCUAUAUAGUUAAUAACAGAGCUGCUAAAAAAUGGAAAAUAUUUCAUGAUUUUUUUUUCUUCAGAUUGUCCAACCAACUCUAGAUUAUAGAGAAUGUUAACCAAUUGCGGCCAAAUCUUACAGUCCUUAUUGAAUCCUUACUGAGAGCUCAAACCUACAAACAUUUACUACCAUAGAGUAGCUGUGACUAGUGGGCAGAGUGCUUACUACCAUGAGUACUGAUGUCUAUGGAGACUAUUCACAAUGGUAAAUACUAUACAUGGUAGUUAGUUCUGGAAAAUAGGGCUCUAUGUCAAGGAACUAUUGACUUCAAUGGAAGUUUUGCCCAAGAAGAAACUGCAGGAUUUGGUCAUUAGGGGUAAAUUGUUAAAAUGGGCACCUUAGUUGUGCUUGCAAAAGGAUAAUUGUAAACGUAAAGUAUUCAUUUUGCACGUACAAUUGUAGUCACCUUCCGAAUAUAUGGAAACUCUGUAAAGUAAAUGACUAAAUCUAAAAGCACAAAAAUGUUGUGUUUGGCACUUUUUUUUAAAUCAAAUUGAUACUUUCUAUUUUUUUAAAAGAAAUCAUAUCAUCUGACACUACUGAACUUCUUAAAUGUUAGUGUCCAGAAAAGAAUCUGAGAUUAAACAUGGCGAUUUACCUCUAGUUUUUCUAUUAAUUUUGAGAAUUCCAAUCUACAAUUAUUUUUUAAUAAUACAAAGGAACAAAAAGGCCCCCAAAAUACAUAUAGGUCUAAAUUUUUCAAAAUCAGUACCUAAAUUGCACAUGCAGAUUAUGCAAAUAUGCAUGUAAACUGCAAUGAGAAACUGGAAAUUGAAUGCACAGUUAUCCAUUUUGCAUGCACAACUAAAGAACACAUUGUUAAAAAUAUUAGCCGUUGUUCAUGCCUUUUAAUUUUUUUCUGUGAAAAAUGUUUUUCAUUACAAGUAUAACUUGUAUAUUGUAUUUUUUAAAAUGAGAAAUGCAAAAUGCUGGCUGUGGAGAGAAUGGCUAAAAUAUAGGGCCCUGAUUUAGCAAAGCAUUUAAGCACAUGCUUAAGUCUCAUUGGCCCUGAUUCUCCUCUCCAUCAAAGCACACCUCAGACAGAGGACAAUGACAGAUGCAGAAAGCUCCCUGAUCUAUGGCCACUUAGCCAGGGCAGAAGACAGAGUAGGACCCCUGCUGCUCUAGCUUCUGCCACUGAUUGAUGUAAGCUCUGUAAAUGGAGCUUACACCUGCAGAGAAUCAGGUGUAGUGGAGUUCAGCUCCACCAUUCCCCCUCUCGGUCCACCAGCUUAUCCCAGCAAGCCCCCUUCUUGUACUUAUGCCAGAGAGACAGAUGGUUUAGGAGGUAUCUAUACCACCUCUACCAGAUUUACCUCAAUAGAGAUUCCUUGUACGCAGGAAGACUCUCUGGUUGGUUUAAAUUCACUCUGCCCAUGGUGCACUUAAUGGAUGAAAGAAUCCUGCCCACUGAUUUUCAUGGCAUUUGAGCACACUUAAAUGCUUUACUGAAUUGGGGCCUCAGUGAGGGGCAGAGGGGAAUGUCCAGAAAUCCAGUCUCAGAUUCACCUGUUACUGUCAUGGAUAAAACAUUAUUUUUUUAAAAUAAAUAGAGAACGUCUGAGAGUUGAUGAGCGCCUCAGACUCCUACCGAUGUUAGUGGAGUUACAGAUGAUCAGUAGCUUCAAAAGGCCCAGAGUUUGCAGUGCCAUUGGCCACGGUGAUUCCACAUUUUACUUAGAAUUAUUAAUUAGCUGACAGUUCUUAGAGGUAAAUCCUGUACUAGAUUUUGACCUUCCCUUCUGUCUUUCCUUGCUUGCUAGCUAAAGCUCUCUUUUGUAGGCAUAUUCCUUACUGUAGACUUUCCAUUCUAAGGUUUAAAUCAGGAGUUCUCAAACUGGGCGCGGGACCCCUCAGGGGUUUGUGAGGUUAUUACAUGAGGGGUUGAGAGCUGUGAGUCUCCACCCUAAACCACGCUUUGCCUCCAGCAUUUAUAAUGGUGUGAAAUAUAUAUAAAAGUGUUUUUAAUUUAUAAGGGGGGGGCGCACUCAGGGGCUUGCUAUGUGAAAGGGGUCGCCAGUGCAAAAGUUUGAGAACCACUGGUUUAAAUUAAUAGUGUGUAUAUAAUAUGGAGGACGAAUCUUUACAUGUUUAAUUAGGGUUCUUUUUUCCUUAAAUAAAAUAAGGUUGGUAACUACUCUUUAACCAGCAGUUAUAAAAUUAGUAUUUUUAACACAGUAAGAUGUGAAAGGUUACAAUCCAUUUCACAUGCUUUGGGUUGUUUUUAAAAAUCGGUUCAGGUUUUAGAUUAUUUUGGAGGCCAGUUUCUGAAAGCAGAGGCAGUAUUUAAAUAUGAACAAAGAUUACAAGUUAUAAAUGUUGAGAACAGGUUUUUCCUAUCCUGAAUGUCAUAACCUGUGCUGGCAUUUUUUCCAUGUUAGUAUCCUAGUGAAUGUUGGUGGAGAUUGCAGAAGAGAGUAAGGAGAAACCGCGUGUGUCUCUGAUACACCAAAGGAUACUUUUUGUGGCCUCGUACUUUUGUGUCCCUAGUGUAUUCAGGAUGAAAAAUAGUUUGUUUUACAAACACAUAAUCUAAUCAUCUUAAUUACAGGAUAGUCAUUUGUAAAUUUACUUUAAAAUGUACUUUUAAACCUUUUAGGGGUUGAAGAUGCUUGUUUCAUUUCCACCCAGAACAUUAUAUAAAUGUAUUCAGCUUUUUUUCAAGUUGUCAGAAUGUGGCUGCAAUUGGAUCUAUGCAGGCAGAUCCUGCACCUUUGCAGAGCCUUAUUGAAAUCAUGGGUUUGCCUGCAUGAAUCAGGCCUAAGUGUUUUUCCAAUUGUUGAAAAAAAAUUCAAAAAUGCUUCUUUUGUGCUUGGAUAACUCAAAAACAACUGUUUUAAAUCUCUAGUCUUUAUAGAAUUUAAUUUGAAAUGAAAACUAGUGCCUUUGCCAUAUAGAAAUAAUUUGGGUUUGAAAAAAACAAAAUUAUGGGCAUUUUAAAACACUAUAUGGCAUGUGCAUAGAACACUCAGUUCUAUCUGUAGAAACAUAAAGGAAGCUAGCAUGUGUAAAACGUCUGCAAUUAUGAAUAUCUUAGACCACGCGUGUGUAACUGGAUGACCAAAAUGGGUGAAGAUAUCUUUAUUUACACUGCAAAUGUGUACAUGCUCUGAAUAGAUGGUAUCUUUUAUUCAAGGCACUGGUGCUCAGCAUCCUAUUCCUUUACUUUUCAGUCUGUCACCUGCACAAUGGUUUAGAACAUUUUAAAUGUACUGUUAUGGUAUAAUAAUCUGAAAUAAUAAUGUAGAACUCGUGUAUAAUUGCAUUCUGGUAUGAACAAACAAACUAUGGGAAUAACAGUAAACUGCAGAUAAAGUAAAGUCUUCCAUUACAUGAUCACACAGCAUAGGGAAAUGUGCUAUACUGUUCACCAAAUACUCAGUAACAUAGAAAGGAACUUCAUCUUUGUCUAUAACAUGUAGCACAUAUAACAAUAGCACUAUGUAUUUCUGUCAUGUGGCAUACUUCAGUGCAUGCCCUAAUGUACAGCUUUUACACAUCCCCAGGUUUUGGUCUGUAACAUGUUACAGACACCACAGUUUGCAUGCACCAGUAACCUCAAGACUCUAAUACACUACAACCUAUUGAAUUGGUUACAUAUUUUAAAUUGUCUGUUGCCGUUGUUCUUAUAAGGAGGUGGGGCAGAAAAGCAAAUAAAUGCUCAAGUUUUCAAUAAUAUAUCCCUUAAAAUCAUCCCAUCCCAGUCCACUGCAGUCAAGGAAUUGUACCUGUUUACAACAGAGCCUUUAGCCCUAGAAAUACUACCGAGGUAAAACAUUCAUGAUGCUACAUAGGGAGUGUCUCUUAUUGCUCAACAAUGACUUCGGAUUUAGAGUGUGCAGUGCCCAGUUGACUGUCCACUUCUUAGGAGAGGCAACUAACAGUUUGAUAAGAUCAAGAUCAUCAUUAACAGAAACAUAUAUCAGCAGCUGUUACAAAAAUAUUGUUCACUUAUUUUCCUGCACUCUGUCAGUGUUGUAUAUAAUACUUAAUGGGGUAAUAUAAACCCAGUUGGUAACUCUCAGUUUGAAAUUAUUUUUAAAUGUUUUUGUAACAAUCUAUUUUUCAAUGAGAAAAGGAUUAUAAUCUGCAUUAAACAUAUGGUAGACAGAAAUUGAGAGAUGGGGUCUGCAUUUCUCUGCUUUAGGAACUCUACAUGCAAAAACAUGGAAAUCUAGACAUACACACGGUUAAGUGGUUAUGGGUUUGGUGUGGGUUGUUUGUCUGUGAAUGGCUUUACUGGCAGCCAAAUAUCAUAGAAAAAUUCAAAGAAAGGGAUUAGUUAUUGGAAAGAAGAUAGCACACAGGCUUGGACAAAUAUUUAUAAGGGCUGUAGACAGAUCCUCAUGCUUCAAGGUACAAGAUGAUGACCAUGCUGAAUGCUAAAAAAGUCAGAAUAAAAAAGUACAUAGUAUUGAACUGCACAGAGUGAAUUUAGGGGGAAGAGUUUACACUUUCCUCCUCUAAAACCUCUAGUAUUGUCCACCAUCAUAGACAAGAUAUCACAGCAUCUGGACCACUGGUGUGUUCUUAUUUGAGUGAGGAAAACACUGAAUUGUGAAUCCCUCUCUGAGUAGCACUUGAGCUCUGGUGCUUCCAGCAGUACAGACAAAAGCCGUAACCGUACCAUUGUCUCUUCUAAAUAAUCAAAGGUGUUAAAUAAACCCCAAUCGCUGAGGGUAAAAUUUUCAAAAGUGCCUUAAUGACUCAGGAGUCUAGUCCCAGGGACUUUCAAUAGGACUUAGGCACCUAAUUGACAUAGGCACUUUUGAACAUUUUAACCUGAGUGUUUAUCUAUCUCUUGUUUGUUUAACACAAAAAAGUGCAUCAGAAAGUGAGCAAGGUUUGACAGAGAAUAAAACAAAGCAUAUUUUCAAGGAUCGAUUCUGUAGCGAGCACUGACCCAAAGAUCUAAAGAAAUCUGUUUCACUCAUACAUCAACAUCUUUUACUAUUACAGAAUUCAGGACACAUCAGUUAUCCUCUGAUAGUAAAAAGGUAGGGAGAAGGGGAAGUAAUCAGUAUUGUGUAUUGGCCUCUAGCCCUCCAUCUCUAGAAUUUCCAACAAUGUGGUGGUAUAUUAGUUCUGUGCUUCUUAAUCUUAUGUGCUUUUAAAAUAAUAUUAAAGAUUUAAGAUAAGUAUAUCUCUGUGCUCCCCAUCAUAUAGCUAUUGAUAAUGCUAAUAUAUUCCUUACUGCCUGAAAUACCGAUGCUGCUCUGGCAUGUCAGAAAUCCCAUUUCUGGAACUCUGCAUCUCCUUGAAUUACUUCCUGAAGUCAGGACACUUUGAACAGUUUAAAAUCAUUUUUCAAAGAACUAAAAUUCAAUCAGAAGAUCAUGUGUCCCUUUUAACUUUUAAGCAAUGUAGUGAAGAGCUACCAUCCAUCUCUGUCAAAUGUAACAAAAUGUAUCUUGGAUAUAUUCCCCUUUUUUUUCCAAACAUUAUAUAUCUGUAUAUAUGCAUUGUGUGUGUGAGAGAGAGAGAGGGAGACGAUGUGAAGUCUGUUGUUGCUACUGGAAAUUGAGACAGUGGUCUUUCUAAGUACUGUAGUAUCAAUGGUCACUUAUAAAUCAUUAAUUUGGAAGACAUAAUAUGAACACUUACAUGCUAAUUUUCAAAUUAAUUCAGGUAUGAUUUUGAAUGCUGUCAAGAACAAACUGGUAGUAGAAAUAUCAAAUUCAACCCCUUUUGUUUGUCCAUUAGAAUAAGUAACACAUUGUUCUCCUAUAAUACAGCUAUUCUGUAGUGCCUAGUGUUGCUCAUGUUACUUCCUUGUUAAGCAGCAUCAACAGAUUAUGCAGGAGUGCCUCAGUUUAAAAACCAUGGUCCAAACUCACCCCUGGUAUAAAUGGGCCCAACUCCACUGAUGUCAAUGGAGUUGAGCCCCCAGCAGUGAAUUUAACCCUUACUCUCCAAAGCCAUAAAAAUAAGAAAUAAGCUUAACAGCUAUUGAUAUUUAGCUAGCAGACAGUAUUGUACAUAAAUACUUACAUUUCCUCUGUCCAGUACAAAUAAUGGUCAGGCUCUUGGGAGGUGCUGAGUGCUCCUAAAUGCUUGUUUCAGAUGCUCAACACUUUUCAGGAUCAUUCCCAAAGCUCCAGACAGUUGUUAAUAAAUACAACAAUGAAAUUGUUUUCUAAUAUUUUUAUGAUCGUUUGGAAACGUCGGCCCAGAUCCCCAAGGACAUUUAAUGGAAGCUAGAAGCUUAAAUAUUUUUGUGGAUCUGGGCCCUAUUGCCUGCCUUGCAACUAGUGUAAUUAUGGACACUUGUGCAAAGUGGAUGAAAAAUGCUACUAGAUUAGGCAGUAUUUUGCACCCACUUUGCCUGGACAGAAUAAUUACAAGACGUGCAAAUGCACUCUAACUACAAAUAUUUUGGAAAUUACCACACUUUGCUGCAGAUUAUUUGAGCUGCACUGUAUUCCUGUACUGCUUAAUCUAUUCAUAAGCUCGUAGGGGGGGAAAUAUGAGUGAAUCAUGGAACCCAACAAAAAAAUUAAUCAUAAAAAGGCUGGAUAACAUAUUCACCACUAUAAACACAUCCAUAUUUUAACAUAAUCUUAGCUGUUCUAUUGUUAAAUUCUCACUACCAAAAAGAUGUUUUAUAGACUAUAGCCAUAUCUGGAUUGCUCUUACUGUUCUUAGUUUUGACUAAAGACAUGUCUUCAUAAAUAUAACAGUGCUCAUCUUUUCACUUUGUAGUUAUAGCUAUUUUUAAAUCAUAGGAAGAAAUGGUUAGUGUAUUAAAAACACAAGUAGGAACUGCAAAUCAAGGGCCAAAUUAAUGCCUGAUGUAAGCAGUGCACUUUCCAUUGGUUUCAUGGGGAGCUCCCCCUACUUAUGCCAGUAUUGAAUUGAGGCCACUGUUUAAAAUAGGAAAAUGGAUUUUGCUUUGAAAAUAUGUUUAUAAAAAAUUCAGAAAUGUCCACGUAUUAUUUUUUUCUUUUCUAAUGUUAUGCUCUAUAUAUCAGAUGGUAUCUUUUGUUUUGUACUAUACCAUAUAUAACUAUAAUUUUUAAUUUAAAUGUUGUUUGUUUGUUUUUGUAAUAAAUGUUAAAAACUAAUUGUCACAAAACUUACUGAAUUGACCAAUGUGAAUAUUAGAACUACUCCAAGGAGUGGCAAAACUGUCUGCUUUUUUGGGUUAAAAUAUAUAUAUAUAAAAGCAAAUUAAGUCUGUGUUGCAUGUUCAGUUUGUAAAUAUAUUUUUCUUUUGUACAAAUUUUUUCUUCUCACAUUAAUAAAUGUCCCAUCUGUCAACACA